ACAACUACAACAACUGAAGCUAUAACCACAACAACAGAAGCUACAACAACAACUACUAAAACUACAACCACAACAACUGAAGUUCCAAUCACAACAACUGAAACAACAACAACAACAGAAGCUUCAACAACAGUAACUGAAACAACAACAACUGAGCCUCCAACCACUACAACUGAAGCUACAACCACAACAACUGAAGCUUCAACAACAACAACUGAAGCUCCAACCACAACAACUGAAGUCACUACCACAACAACUGAAGUUCCAACUACAACAACUGAAGUUACAACAACAACUGAAGCUCCAACCACAACAACUGAAGCCACAACCACAACAACUGAAGCUUCAACUACAACAACUGAAGCUCAAACCACAACAACUGAAGUCACUACCACAACAACUGAAGUUCCAACUACAACAACUGAAGCGAUAACCACAACAACAGAAGCUUCAACAACAGUAACUGAAACAACAACAACUGAGCCUCCAACCACUACAACUGAAGCUACAACCACAACAACUGAAGCUUCAACAACAACAACUGAAACUCCAACCACAACAACUGAAGCCACAACCACAACAGCUGAAAUUACAACAACAACUGAAGCUCCAACCACAACAACUGAAGCCACAACCACAACAACUGAAGCUUCAACUACAACAACUGAAGCUCCAACCACAACAACUGAAGUCACUACCACAACAACUGAAGUUCCAACUACAACAACUGAAGUUACAACAACAACUGAAGCUCCAACCACAACAACUGAAGCCACAACCACAACAACUGAAGCUAUAACCACAACAACAGAAGCUACAACAACAACAACUGAAGCUACAACAACAACAGCUGAAAACAACAACAACAACUGAAGUUCCAACCACAACAACUGAAACAACAACAACAACAGAAGCUUCAACAACAUUACAACCACAACAGCUGAAACAACAACAACAACUGAAGCAACAACAACUGCUCAAACAACAACUACUGAGCCUACAACGACAACUACUGAAGUUACAUCAACAACUGAAGCUCCAUCCACAACAACUGAAACCACAAUAACUAAAGCUUCAACCACAACAACUGAGCCUCCAACCACAACAACUGAAGUUACAACAACAACAGCUGAAGCCACAACCACAACAACUGAAUCUCUAAGUACAACAACUGAGGCUACAACCACAACAACUGAAGUUACAACAACAACUGAAGCUUCAACCACAACAACUGAAGCCACAACCACAACAACUGAAGCUUCAACAACAACAACGGAAGCUCCAACCACAACAACUUUAGCUACAACAACAACUGAAGCCACAACCACAACAACUGAAGUUCCAACCACAACAACUGAAGUUACAACAACAACUGCAGCUCCAACCACGACAAUUGAAACCACAACCACAACAACUGAGGCUUCAACAACAACAACAGAAGCUCCAACCACAACAACUGAAGUCACUUCCACAACAACUGAAGUUCCAACCACAACAAUUGAAGUUACAACAACAACUGAAGCUCCAACCACAACAACUGAAGCCACAACUACAACAACUGAAGCUAUAACCACAACAACAGAAGAUACAACAACAACUACUAAUACUACAACCACAACAACUGAAGUUCCAACCACAACAACUGAAACAACAACAACAACAGAAGCUUCAACAACAGUAACUGAAACAACAACAACUGAGCCUCCAACCACUACAACUGAAGCUACAACCACAACAACUGAAGCUUCAACAACAACAACUGAAGCUCCAAAUACAACAACUGAAGCCACAACCACAACAGCUGAAAUUACAACAACAACUGAAGCUCAAACCACAACAACUGAAGCCACAACCACAACAACUGAAGCUUCAACUACAACAACUGAAGCUCCAACCACAACAACUGAAGUCACUACCACAACAACUGAAGUUCCAACUACAACAACUGAAGUUACAACAACAACUGAAGCUCCAACCACAACAACUGAAGCCACAACCACAACAACUGAAGCUAUAACCACAACAACAGAAGCUACAACAACAACAACUGAAGCUACAACAACAACAGCUGAAACAACAACAACAACAACUGAAGUUACAACCACAACAGCUGAAACAACAACAACAACUGAAGCAACAACAACUGCUCAAACAACAACUACUGAGCCUACAACGACAACUACUGAAGUUACAUCAACAACUGAAGCUCCAACCACAACAACUGAAACCACAAUAACUGAAGCUUCAACCACAACAACUGAGCCUCCAACCACAACAACUGAAGUUACAACAACAACAGCUGAAGCCACAACCACAACAACUGAAUCUCUAAGUACAACAACUGAAGCUACAACCACAACAACUGAAGUUACAACAACAACUGAAGCUUCAACCACAACAACUGAAGCCACAACCACAACAACUGAAGCUUCAACAACAACAACGGAAGCUCCAACCACAACAACUAUAGCUACAACAACAACUGAAGCCACAACCACAACAACUGAAGUUCCAAAUACAACAACUGAAGUUACAACAACAACUGCAGCUCCAACCACGACAAUUGAAACCACAACCACAACAACUGAGGCUUCAACAACAACAACAGAAGCUCCAACCACAACUACUGAAGUCACUUCCACAACAACUGAAGUUCCAACCACAACAAUUGAAGUUACAACAACAACUGAAGCUCCAACCACAACAACUGAAGCCACAACUACAACAACUGAAGCUAUAACCACAACAACAGAAGAUACAACAACGACUACUAAUACUACAACCACAACAACUGAAGUUCCAACCACAACAACUGAAACAACAACAACAACAGAAGCUUCAACAACAGUAACUGAAACAACAACAACUGAGCCUCCAACCACUACAACUGAAGCUACAACCACAACAACUGAAGCUUCAACAACAACAACUGAAGCUCCAAAUACAACAACUGAAGCCACAACCACAACAGCUGAAAUUACAACAACAACUGAAGCUCAAACCACAACAACUGAAGCCACAACCACAACAACUGAAGCUUCAACUACAACAACUGAAGCUCCAACCACAACAACUGAAGUCACUACCACAACAACUGAAGUUCCAACUACAACAACUGAAGUUACAACAACAACUGAAGCUCCAACCACAACAACUGAAGCCACAACCACAACAACUGAAGCUAUAACCACAACAACAGAAGCUACAACAACAACAACUGAAGCUACAACAACAACAGCUGAAACAACAACAACAACAACUGAAGUUACAACCAUAACAGCUGAAACAACAACAACAACUGAAGCAACAACAACUGCUCAAACAACAACUACUGAGCCUACAACGACAACUACUGAAGUUACAUCAACAACUUAAGC